AUGGCCGAUGCCAAGAAGGAUUACCGCAAUUUUGAGAAAGAAGUUCCUGGAUUUCAUGCAAAUUUCACUGAUGUCCAUUUUAGAGGAGGUUUAUCGGAAGCCAUCGCAGAAAGGCGUAAAAUGUUCGAUGAGAUCGAAAGAGUUGUGUAUUUUUUUCCUCAGGUUAACGUUAAAACAUUUGGGUUCUCAAUUCACUGCGAAGCGAACGAUGGAGAAUCUGGAAGCGCGCGGCAUGACUUUUAUGUUUCUAAGCGGCGAGAGGAAGAAUCGAAACAAGACAAUGACUAUAGGUUUACAAGUACUGCUACCGUCAUGAGUAGUGCAGCGGGUGCAAGUCGCAUCAAAGGGCAGAAAUCAAAACAGACAGUUUCUCUCUAA